CUCUCCUUCUCUCCCUUCUCUUCUUCUUCAUCUUCCAUAAACCCGGUUUCUGAUUAUUCUUCCUCUUUCGACUUUGUCAUCAUCCAACUCUUUGUUGCUGGCAUUGUCUGCAUUAUUCAUCAGACUCCUGACUGCAGUCUCUUGUUCAUGACCGACUUAUAAGAAGCACACAUACUCACACGACUUCUCUAUUCACCCCUCACUUCACUCAGUCAACCCCUCGAUCUACCACACACGUCACAUCCGCUCGAAUAAAAACAACAUCUCGACUCAAACCAAAACCAAACCAGAGAUCGAAACAUCACAUACCUGAAACCACACCCACACACAAACCCACCCACCAACCUCACGAUGGGCUCCUCCAAAGACACCACAAGCGACGCCGAGUCCGGCUACGCCUCCGGCUCCUCCUCCCGCGCAACUCUCCCACAAAUCACCUUCACCAAGCCGCAACUGAAGCACAUCAACUCUCAACUCUCCCGCAUGGAGCCCCUCGCCAUCCUCCGCUGGGCCAAGACCACCCUCCCCUCGCUCUUCCAGACCACCGCCUUCGGCCUCACCGGCCUCGUCACCAUCGACCUCCUCUCCAAGCUCCAAGCCGAGGACCCCUCCUCCCCCGCCGUCCCCCUCAUUUUCCUCGACACCUUCCACCACUUCCCCGAGACCCUCGACCUGCUACAACGCAUCCAGGCCCGCUACCCCGACGUCGCUCUCCACACCUUCUCCCCCGCCGGCCUCGCCAAUGCAGCUGAGUUCGAGGAACGCUACGGUCCCAAGCUAUGGGAGACGGACGCAGAUCUGUAUGACUGGGUCGCCAAGGUCGAGCUCGCCGAGCGCGCAUACUCCGAUCUCGGCGUCGCGGCAGUCCUUACCGGCCGCCGUCGUUCUCAGGGCGACAAGCGCUCCGAUCUCGGUAUUCUCGAAGUCGACGACGCUGGGCUGGUCAAGCUGAACCCCCUCUUCAACUGGUCGUUCGCGCAGGUGAAGGCGUACAUCGAUGAGAACAACGUGCCGUACAACGUGUUGUUGGACCAGGGAUACAAGAGCGUGGGUGACUGGCACAGCACGCAGCCUGUGGCGCAGGGAGAGGAUGAGCGCGCUGGAAGGUGGAAGGGUCAGGAGAAGACGGAGUGCGGGAUUCAUAAUAAGAGGAGCAAGUACGCUGUGUACCUCGAGGAGAUGGAGAGGAAGGCGAAGGCUGAGGCCGAGGCUGCUGCGGCGGUCGCUCCUACGCCCGUGGCGCCGGUGGAGAUUGUGAUCUGAACGUUGGAUCGGAGCGAAGCGGAUUUGAUUUUUGAUGGCAUUCAUGACGGCGUUUUGGGAGCAUAAAGUCACGGCGUUGGCGGAUCCCUUUUGGCGUUUAAUAUCUGGGGGGUGGGCAUAAUAUUGGCCCUAUUCCGUGGAGAAGCGGGAUAGAUUCUGGGCGAAAGAGAAAUGAACAUAGAUGAAUUUGAUGGCACUGGGGGAGGAGAGAGAGUUGUAUAUAGAAAAAUGAAGCAGAGUGG